UACAACAGUAAGCAGAGAUAUGACUUGGUUUUUAAGGAAAUAUAAUUAUUGGCCAUCAUAUAAUAUUCCAUUUUUAAAGAAAAUUUCUGAUUUGGGUGGAUUUACUGAAAAAGCAAAUAUUAAUAAUUGGUGGCGUUGGGGUUAUUCCCCUAGAGCUAAAAUAUUUCAAAGAGAUCAUAAUAAAGUUAAAGAUAUGGAAACAUUAAGGGAAUUAAUGAGAUAUAAUGAUUACAAACACGAUGAAUAUUCAAAAUGUAAAUGUGACCCACCAUACACAGCAGAUGUUUAUUUUUGA